GCGAAUCUCGAAGAGGAAGAGUCACAAGCGGAUCUCACCAAGACAUGGAAGACGGCCUCCGCUCUUCCUCCGCCGCCGCCUCCGGCGACCGAACCAUUUCGUCUCCGCCGGAGAAACCCGCCGGCGGAUGGAGAACCAUCAAAUACAUCAUCGGCAACGAGACGUUUGAGAAGUUGGCGUACAUGAGUUUGAUCGCAAACAUGACGGUUUAUCUGAAGACGAAUUACAAUUUGGGAGGUGUGGUUCUGCUAAACAUCGUCGGAGUCUGGUCGGGAUCCUCGAACGUGACGGCCAUUCUCGGCGCUUUGGUCGCCGACACGUUCCUCGGGAGGUUCCAUACUCUCCUCUUCGGCUCUUUCUUGUCUCUCAUCGGCAUGACGCUCAUGACUUUAACCGCGGGAUUACCGAAUCUCCGGCCGCCGGCGUGUUCCUCUCCGCCGGAGUGCUCUCAGCCUGACAUGUGGCAGUUCACAUUCCUCGGCAUUGCCCUAACCUUCACGGCUCUCGGAGCCGGCGGGAUCAGGGCCUGCAACAUCGCGUUCGGAGCCGACCAAUUCGACACCAACACUGAAAAAGGCAGAUCUCAGCUCGAGAGUUUCUUCAACUGGUGGUACUUCUCCUUCACCAUCGCUCUUGUCUUCGCACUCACUGUCGUUGUCUACGUCCAGACCAAUGUCAGUUGGACCCUAGGAUUCGCCAUCCCCACUGCUUGUUUCGCUGUCGGAAUCGUGACCUACCUCUUCGGAUACCGUGCUUACGUGCUCGUCAAGCCACAGGGAAGCGUCUUCCUCGACAUCCCCAAAGUCCUGGUCGCUGUCCUAAGGAAACGCGAGCUAGACCGGUCUAAACCGUCUACGUUCUACGACCCUUCAGUCACAGGGACCAUCGUGAAACUGCCUUACACGGACCGGCUCACGUUCUUCGACAGAGCGGCCUUGAUAACGAGCCCUGACGAGUUAGACGACCAAGGCGUGGCCAAGAACAACUGGAAACUCUGCAGUGUUCAACAGGUUGAAUCGUUCAAAAUGCUCGUGGGGAUGUUCCCGGUUUGGUUCUCGGGAAUCUUGUUCAUAAUGUCGAUGGAUCAACAGAACAAUAUCGGAAUCUUGCAAGCGAUUCAGACAAACAACAACGUUGUCGGGACGUUUCGUGUUCCCCCUGCGUGGAUGGGACUCUCCUCCAUGAUCGCUCUCUCCAUAUGGAUUGUGCUCUAUGAACGUCUCUGGGUACCACAAUCCAAGAAAUUCACAGGAAAGAGCAAGAGGCUGAAGAUGAAGAACAGAUUCGUGGUCGGAAUCGUGUUCUCCAUCAUCUGCCCUCUCGUCGCGGCCGCCGUCGAAAUCCACCGCCGGGAGCUUGCCAUAAGAAGCGGAGGCUCGUUCCAAUCUCCGAUGACGAUACUAUGGCUUUUGCCGCAAUUCGCGUUGUCGGGGUUCAUCGAAGCCUUCGGGGCGGUGGCUCUGAUGGAGUUUCUGACGACGGAGUUACCGGAGAGCAUGAGAACUGUGUCGGGAGCGAUUUUCUUCCUGAGUCUGUCGAUGGCGAGUUACGCGAACUCGGUUCUGGUCAACAUCGUUCACGAGUCAACGGAUGGGAAAGGCUCGGUUGCGUGGCUGGGAAGUCAAGAUCUGAACAGGAACAGGUUGGAGAACUUCUACUAUCUCUCCGCAGCCAUCGGAGCUGCGAAUCUGUUGUACUUUUGUCUCUUCGCUCGCAGGUUUGUGACGAGAAAUGGCGGCGGAAACUCGCCGGUUUGAACGUCUCAGGCAAACACUGUAUCAUUGGAACCAUUUUUUGUAUUAAAAUUGUAUGCCACUUAGUUUAUACAUAUAUAUUCUUUUCAUCUCUUA